UUGAUUUUAAUUAAUGCACUAUAAACUAUGUUAUCCUAAAUCAUAUCAGUACGAAGUUUUCUUGUUUACUUAAAAUUUUUGAAUAUUUCAGUGAAUUUAAGUCAUGAGUUUUCUUGCCAGAGCGUUUGGCGCUGGCCCCUCAAAGAAAGAGCAUGGUCCUUCAACACAAGAAGCGAUACAGAGGUUACGAACGACCGAAGAAAUGCUUCAGAAGAAGAGUGAUUACUUGGAGAAGAAAAUAGACUCGGAAACUAAUAUUGCUCGGUCAAAUGCCAGCAAAAAUAAGCGAGCUGCGUUAAAUGCACUGAAACGAAAAAAAGCUUUGGAAAAACAACUUGCUCAAAUCGAUGGAACACUUUCCACAAUUGAAUUUCAACGACAGGCAUUGGAGAAUUCCAACACAAACACAGAAGUAUUGAGCAGCAUGAAGUAUGCAGCAAGUGCUUUGAAGCAAGCUCAACAACUAGAUGUUGAUGAUGUGCAUGAUAUGAUGGAUGAUAUCAGUGAGCAACAUGAAAUAGCCAAUGAAAUUGCUUCGGCAAUCUCCAAUCCAAUUGGCUUUGGUGUAGAUAUUGAUGAGGAUGAGCUGAAUGCAGAGUUGGAAGAGCUUGAACAAGAAGAGCUAGAUGAAAGAAUGCUAGAAGUUGGAGGAGCUUCACAGUUACCAUCAGUACCAAACACCGAAGUACCAGUACCGGCUGGUCGAGCAAAAAGAAAGUUGCUGCCAAUGAUGAUGAUGACAUGGCUGAACUUGAAGCAUGGGCGUCUUAAAACAUAUGAUGAAUUACAUCAACAACUUGAUAAAGUACUAAUGAUGUGAAUAAUUUCAAGUGACUAUAUGUAUACAUAGCUUUGGACAACAUUGUAAUUAAAAUUUAGUAUGUAUCUUUGACAAAUAUUUUUGUUUAAUCAAAAACAUUGAAUGCUAAGAACCAAUCUCCUUGCACAAGUUUUUUACAAUUUACUUACUUAACAAAACACUGCCUUGUAUGCAGCACUUACAUAACAAAAAGAAGAUAUAUGUCAUUUUGUGAAAAAGUUUAUAUAAAGUAUUGAUUAGCGACGUUGUGACGUGCAAGUUUUCUGUAAUAAAAGUUACUUCUUUGAAGAAUUGAAGUUCUUUUAUCUUUAUAAGCAAACAAGGCAGUUGCAUGGAUGGCUAAAUAAAGUAAUUAAGUUUUACUGUUAUUCAUGCUACAUUGACAAAUUUUCUCAAUUGGUUUUGAAAGCUAAUCUAAAUAGAAUAUAAAAUAAAUUAUAGCCACAAAUUUUAAAUUCCAAA